AUGGCUCGAAGGGACUAUGGAGACUGGAAUAUCAACCCGGGCACGUCUACACGGCUGUGGAAUAUGGACCCGGAUGCCAACCCGGGCCUUCAGACUCCGUUCCCACCUCCCGUGAGCUCAGGCGCAAGCUUAAUCGACAAUUUGGAGCACCGCUUAAGGGACAUGUCCAACCUGACAUGGGAUCCCCGGCAUCGCCCGACUUCAGCCGUACUGUUCGGCGAACAGUACUCGUCUGCCACCCCAAAUAACCUCAAGAUUCUGUACAGCCUUGGACGGAGUUAA